AAUGUCUGGCUCAAUGCUUGAGAAUAAAGUUGAACAUUAAGAAUAGGAACGAGUCUGUCAUUAAUAGAAUGGAGCUAUGUAGUGGCUACACAUUCGAAGUGUGCCUAUACUUCGAAAACUGAACUUAAAUGAACUUUCAGCUCAUUAAUUAUUUCAGCAAUGGCUGGCAGAUGGCUCGUAAGUAAUAUCAUGUGCAGACUGAACCUAGAUUCUUCCUUCUGACUCCAGUGCAUAAUUUCAAAAAAUUUUGGUGCCAUAUCGCACUCCUUCAACUAUACAAUUCCCCUCCCCCAUCCCAAGCACAAAAAUCUCAAGUUUCGAUUUCUGAAAAAUUGCGAUAAAACUUACAGUGAGAAAUCACUUUUUUACGAAAUACUGUUCAAAUUUUUAAAAGAUAAUUUCUUGUAAUCAAAACAAGAAAACAACAAGUAUGAAUGUAAACAAUAGGAGUGUCACGUUGGUUACCGAUUGGCACGUUCACAGCUGCCGGUGCAGCGGCAAAUUAUAUGUAGUUACAAUGCGACUUGAUACCCACGUUCUAUUUUGAAUCCCCGAUGCCGGCCUUUUCCGGUCUGUUCAAGAAAAAAUUCCUAGAAGGUGCCGGAACGUCGUUACGGUGCGUUCCGACAAAAUUAAGACGUAUGUCUGGUUGGCACAUCCUUGUUUCAUUUUGAUCUGACUGAUCUGAGACAGGAGACUUUAUCCAUGUGCAAGUUUUCAAUGCCUGUGGAAUUGAGCAUGAACUGUCAAAUGCAAGUGACGUAGGUAAUACGCAAAGAAUCAAUGCAUUCGUCAGAGAUGUAUGUUGUUGUUGGUGCUUUGGCAUGCGAUUGUGAAAACCGCCAAAAUGUUGGACGAAGAAACGGAAAAUUUAUAUAUACAGAAUAUUGAAGAAUUUGUUCUCGAUGAAAAUAAAGUGGUUACCUACAAAUGGCUUAGUAAAACUUUGGGUGUGCAUGUGAACACGGCGAAGCAAUUGCUGUAUGCAUUUGCGACACAGAGUGGAGAGGCAAAGACUGCAGGGAUUAAGAAAACCUUCCUUAUCAGUGGUGUUUUGUUAAAUGAUGGUGGGUGCAAAGUUGCUGUUGUGCAGGAAGAAAACUUGCAGAAAUUAAAAGACCAGUUCAAAACUAUAACUUCGGAACACAUAUACAGUGUGCAGAAAGUGAAGAAUGACACAGCCCUUUGUGACCUGUAUAAAGUUGAUAGUUUCCAGAAGGAUGACAGUAGUCCGGUACCUGCCAUAUCAUGUAGCAAGUGCCUGCCAAGAACGGAUUCUGAACUAUCAAAGUUAAGGAUAAAGGCAGAGGCUGCAACAGUGACGAGUGAUUCCAAACAGUGGCCAACAGGUCCUACCAAGAAAGCUCCAUCAUCCAAAUCACCAACCAAAAAUACAGACAAUUCCAACAAGCAUGUAACCAAUGGUGAAGCAGACACAGCAGAAAAAACUGUAGAAGGUAACAGUGCAGUUGUAAAAAAUGGUCCAAAACCGGGAAGUAUUGCUGCAAUGUUUGCAGCUCGAGGUAGCAAGGCCCAGAAGUCAUCUGAAGGUUCAAAGGCACCUGCAAAAUCUGUUGCAAAGGGAAAGAGUGGAGGCAUUGCAACAUUUUUCAAUAAAAAUGUUGGAGAAACAAACUCUAACACUGAAAAACUUCUUAAAAACCAAACGAAAGAAGCAGCAUCUGAUGGAGAGAAGCCAAAAAGUGAGGAGAAUGGCCAUUGCCCAUCACCUAAAGGGAAUGACAGUCCUCCAGAAAAGAAGCGUAAGUCAGUUCCUGACAUGUCAGAGCAAGAAUCAACUUCAAGUAAAAGAAGAAAGAUUUCAGAGGAUAAAAUGGAUUCUGAAGAAGUAAACAUGAAGUCAAAAAAAGUUGUUGAUACCAAGUCAAAUAAAAGCAAGAAACCAAAUAAAAAGAAAGAAAAAGGCAAUGAUAACAGUGAAAAGUCAGUCAAGAAACGGAAGAGAAUCAUCGUCGCUGACUCUGAUAGUGACGAUGAUAUAUUUGAGAAAGAGGAAAUUCCCGAAUCACCACCACCAUUAGAAGAACAUGAACCUGAAUUGCCCUCCCAGCGAAGUGACAUGGAAGACAUAAUACCAUGCACUCCUCAGCAAGAACUCAAUAAAGGUCGGAAACGCAUACGGAAGUUGGUUGAUAAAACGUUUAUGGAUGAGGAUGGCUAUAUGAUUACAAAGAAGGAAUUUGUGUAUGAAAGCUGCAGUGAAAGUGAUCAUGAAGAAGGGAAAGAAAAUGCAGUGAAGACAAAAAAUGAAUCCACAACAAAAAAUACCAAAAAAGAAACUGAGAAUGAUGUUCGAGAGAGUCCAAAGAAAAAGGUUUCACCUCCUCAGAGAUCAAAACAGGCAACACUUAUGAACUUUUUUAAGAAAAGUUAAGUUUUAUAAAUAUAUUUUAUUUGCAACCCCGUGAAACAUAGUAAUGUUACAAAAGUGUAAGAUAUAUGUGUAUUUUUAAUUCUAUUCAAGGAAUGUAUUUUCAGGUUUUUUGCUAUUAUUAUUAAUGACCCAAGAUGUAUAUGAACAUGUUUAUUUUGUUGUUCUGCAUGUAUAUACAUCCUGAAAGAAAUUUGUAAUGUAAUGUGCCUUUCAUUGCUGGACUGAUUAUUAAGUCAUUUGUGUCCUGAGUUAAUUGUACACAAAAACAUAUGAUUAUUAAAAACAAUGCACUUAAAA